UCUUAUUUCGCAUCAUCCACUUGUCAAAACCGGACAUCAUUUAGCCGCAAUUUGAACCAUUUGACGGACGUUUUGUGCAUUUUCAGCGGUGGGUGACUUCGCUACAGUGUGCGACAAUGUCUGGAGAAAUCUCUAUGAUUGGGUCGGUGAUACUGGCCCUGUUCCUGGCCGGCUACCUGGGCCAGCAGUACCUACCGCCCCCCAAACCCAAAGUGAUCGGCCUGGACCUGGGCACCACCUUCUGCUCUGUCGGUGUCUUCCACCCGGGCAGCGGGGAUGUGGAGGUGAUAGCAGAUGAAGAGGGGAGGAAGAGCAUCCCCAGCGCCGUGUCAUUCACCACCACUGCGGUGCUGGCUGGGCACGAAGCCGUGGACCUGGCCGACAGCAACCCACAAAACACCAUCUACGAUGCCAAGAGGUUUAUCGGGAAGACAUUUGAACCGGAGGUCCUGGAGCGGGAGAGUGCUCGGUACCCGUUUAAGGUGAUGAACAAUAAUGGGAGUGCAGAAUUUGUCAUCUCCACCAACCAUACCUUCGCUGUAAGUCCAGAGUUCGUAGGCUCCAGGCUGCUGCUCAAGAUGAGGAAGAUGGCUGAGCGACAGAUGGGUGUGCCCAUACAGAAGGCUGUCAUCUCGGUGCCCGCAGAGUUUGACGAGAGACAGAGGAACUACACUGUCAGAGCAGCCAACCUCGCCGGCCUGGAGAUCCUGCGUGUGAUCAAUGAGCCCACAGCUGCAGCCAUGGCCUACGGCCUGCACAAGGUGGAUGUGUUCAACGUGCUGGUGGUCGACCUCGGGGGAGGAACCCUUGAUGUUUCUCUGCUCAACAAACAGGGAGGCAUGUUUCUCACCAGAGCAAUGGCAGGGAAUAACAAGCUCGGAGGUCAAGACUUCAGCCAGAGGUUGCUCCAGUAUACCACAGAGCGAGCGCGACAGGAGUUUGGCAUCCCACCCACUCUCAAAGAGGACAUCCACCAUCUCCGACAGGCUGUGGAAGCCGCCAAGCUUAACCUCACCCUCCAACCCAGCGUCACCAUCAGAGUUCCCCUGCACCUCCACACUCACGACAGCUCCGAGUCACCCAAAGACUCUGCUCCUGCUCCGGUUCUCUUUCAGGCCGUGAUCACUCGCGAGCUGUUUGAGGAGCUAAAUGAGGACCUCUUUCAGAAGAUCCUGGCUCCAGUUGAAACCGUGUUAACUGAGGGCCACCUGGCAAAAGAGGACGUGGAUGAGAUUGUUCUGGUGGGAGGGUCCACCAGGAUACCGCGGAUCAGGAGGCUGAUCAGCGAGUACUUUGGAAAGGAGCCCAACACAUCAGUAGACCCCGAUCUGGCUGUGGUUACAGGUGUGGCCAUUCAGGCUGGCAUUAUGGGCGGCUCCUGGCCUUUACAAGUGAGCGCUAUAGAAAUCCCGAACAGACACCUGCGCAAGACGAACUUCAGCUAAUCUUCAUUAUUAAUAUUUAUUGAGAAAAAAGGGAUGCCUUAGUGACAUGCCACCCAUUCCUAACCGGUUCAUGCUUCUCUUGAUCUAAAAUCUCCUCAAGUGAGGAACGAAAGACUCUGUCACCUGAAUGCAGACAUAAUACUCAGGUGUUUCAUCUCAUACUUGAUUGUUUGUGAAAGGCAGAGAUAGCAGAAAAACAUGAUUGUUACACAUUGAUACAUAACAACAUUCCUCCUGGACAGAUACUAACUGCUAACAUCUGCAGAAGUGACCAGCCACUUUUAUAGCGAUGACUGCUUUUGUUGUGCAUGAAGCUCCAGCAGAAAUAACACAGCAAAAUACUGAUAAAAUGUGAACAUGGAACUUCUUAUGAAGCUAAAUCCUCUGUCAGACAUUAUCCACUGAUAUGUUCAGCUUUGUUGAUGGCGUUUAAUCAUGGUAAUGCUUAAAAGGUAUUCGAUUCAGGGAACAACCUUUGGAAGGACUCGCAGACAAGCCAGUAAUUUUUUUGCUAUUUAUUUAUUUAUUUCCAUUAAUUAUGAGUGAGUGUGUGUGUGUUUGUGUUUGUUUGCUUGCUUGCCUUAAAUGUAUUUUUACAUCUCUCCAUCAAAGGUUGACACACAGUGUGCUUGCAUCUGUUUAGACAGCUGCUAUAUUUUUUGAAUCUAGGUGAACCGCUGCAAGCUAGUGAUGUCGUCAAGGGCCCUUGUCUAGGUGCCUGUGAUGCAUAGUGUCCCAAAAAGGGUUUUAGGGUGUCCACUGGGACAGAGGAUGCCCUCAGUGAAAGGAUGUAAUUAUGCAUAUUUAAUUUCAAACAGAUUUACUGCAAUAUUGACUACUCGCCUUGUAAUUACGGUGUUCUGGUUUGGUGUCGAGUCACCAACUAAUAGAUGAUGGUGCACGUUGGAUAGAGCCUUAAUGUUUACACAAUGCUGUAAAAUAUUACACCAUUAACAACACCACCCCUCUCUUUGUAUAUCAUCCAGACUGCAUUAUUUGCCUUGGAAAGUAAAAGAAGAAUUAUGCUUUGUGCUGCACUUUGAGGACUUCCACUUGUUGGCCAACUUUUUGUGCAAUAGUAGAGCUUUAUUAAAAUGGCAGUAACUUUCUGUUGUGUAAUACUUGAGCUGCAUAGGGAGGUAAGCACAACAGGCUGCUUAUCCCGCUGUAGGGAGAGAAUGUCAGAUGGUCGCCCUGCAAAAGGACCAGGGCUUUGCUUGUUGGUGCCUUGCGUAUUUGAUUUUGAGAAAUGUGUUCGUGUCACAUUUCGAAUGUCGGAUGGACCUGAUGGUUCGGGGUUGUCAGGGGGACCGUUAUUUACAGAUUUGUUUAAUAAUGUAGUGUUUCAGGUGUUUCAAUUGCUCUUAUUCUGGUGGUCCCUUGUGACCAUUUUUCAGCUAACUUAACUUCACUUUUGCCAAAAAUCAUUCAUGAAUAGGUUUAUUUAUUUGACUUACUUGUGUUUUUUAAAUGUAUUUCUCAUGUUGGAACUGAGAUCUUAAUGUGUCAGAGCCUUUACUAGAGUAUAGAGGUAUGUGAGGCUAUUGCUGUUUGCCUUAGAUACUGGACACAUCACUUAUUGGUCCCUAUAGAAACAGGGAGAAAAAACAAAUGUAAGACGAGGAUAUAUUUUUAUAUAUUAUGUUAAACUCAGUGUCAGAGUCAAGACACCUAAAAAAUUAAAAGUAAGUUGAAUGGUAAUGACCUGCAUGUCAGCCAAAAAAAAUAAAAUUAAAAUUCAAUUUCUCAA